AUGAACCAGCCCACUGCAGUCAUUUGGCCAUGGGAUUAUUUUCACCACUUGCACACUUCCGGAAAACUUUUGCAGUGGAUAUCUGACAACCCUGAUGGAGCUUCAGCAAGGACAACCCAAUAUUGGGAACAUUGCAAGCAUUUAGACUUUUUCCAACGUGUGGGUCUGCCGGAAGACAAGUUCGGGUCUUGUGUGCCACUUUAUUUUCACACAGACGGUGUGAAAGUCUAUAAGAACCAAAAGGCAUGGGUUUAUUCGGUUAGCUCUGCCUGUCGAAAAGGUCCAUCAAUGUCAACAAAACUGGCCUUUAUUCUGGUGAGGGAUGCCACGGUAGUCAAGCGCAAAACUCAUGAUGCAAUAGGGAAGUUGGCUGGGUACAUUGUUGAUACACUGAUGAGCGGAUGCUUCCCAGAGAAAGACUUUCAAGGAAACCUGUUCCCUCCGGGUUCCCUGGCUUCUGCAAGAGCUGGACAACCAUUUGCACACGGCUGGAUGAUGGCCUUCGCAGCUUUCAAAGGUGAUUGGGAGGCAAGGGUGGUUGUUCACAAGCUGACUCGGUAUUACAGAUCGACAUUCAUAUGUGAGCACUGCUUGGCGUCAUAUAGGGAUGAUUUGACUUUUGCUGAUUUCCGGGUGGAUGCCAAUUCACAGCAACUACGAUUCUCUCACGAUCAAUUUUUGGCAUUGAACCCACAACAUGAUCAAAGCUCUUGGACAUCAGUAAGGGGAUGGACAAAGGAUCGGAACUUGGAAGAACCUCUCAUUUCCAAGGACCUCCUACAUGUUUUUCACCAAGGAGUUCUAUGUUGCGUGAUUGCGGGGCUGAUCUGCAGUCACAUUGAAAGUCAAAACCCCUUGGUCACAUUGAAUCAACUGGACACAUUUCUGUCAAAGAAUGUUUACAAACACUACAAAAGAUGGUGCCAUGCGAAGGGGAAAUUUGCAUCAGCAUGUUCCCACAGGUUCAAUGCAAUUCGCUUUGGGAAAGAACAGUGGGCUCAAUAUUGUGAACUGGGAUCGGUCUACAAAGCUGCUGUGGUAAAAUCGAUGCUUUUUUGGUGCAAUGACUUCUUGAAAGAACAUGUUGGACGUGUACAUGGUUCUGAAGCCAGGGCAAGAUGCAUACACAGUUUCGCAAAAUUUCAAUUUCUCCUUGACUCUCAUGGUCCAUUUUUCACAGGGGAGCAGACUACUCAAGUGGUGAAGUAUGCCCGUGCUGGGUUACUAUUUUACCAAGAUCUGGUUGCAGAAGACAGGGCUAGGGUUGACGGCCGGAGGUUCUACAAAAUGAUUCCAAAAUUUCACAGUCUUUUCGAAAUGGCAAUUUACAUCGAGCAAACAAACCGCAAUGUUCGGUAUGAACACUGCUAUCAAGACGAAGAUCUCAUGAAGGAAAUUGGAAAAAUUGCCUCAAUGACCCAUCCUUCAACGAUGGACAUGGUGACCCUCAGAAGAUACCGUGCCGUGCUGGAACUUUGCAGCUGA